AUGAGAGUAAUUCCUGGAUUAGGUAGCUGGAUCAAUAAGAAUGCUGAAGAGCCCCCUGAAGGCGAGUCCGAGAACCCUAAAUCAGAAUCUGUAUGGGCGGUAGAUACUAAAUAUUACGACUUAGAUGAGGUGAGGAGGGAAGGAGAAAUUUGGAGAGCUGCAGAGAAGAAGCAUCCAUGGUAUGACGCUCCGGCUAAGGUGAAGGUGACAACAAAAAAUGGUCUUUGCCAUAUGAACAUAGAAUUCAAACUAGGAUUGCCUCCUGAAGGAGUCUACGAGAUGUUCACUAAUCCAAACAACUAUCCAGUCUUCAAAAAGGAUAAGGCCGGGCGGCAACGAUUGGAAAACAAAUCAAGAAAUGUAUUGAAGAAAAAUGGACCGAGGCAGACCACAAAGAUGGAAAAAGAUUUGCAUUGGAACUUCCUUUUCUUGUCUAAAAUAAUUCCGAUACAUCUAAUUAUCGAUGAAAACCAUAAAAAUCUUACAGGAAAAUAUACGACAAAGAAUAUGAUGUUCUUGAAAGUGUUGGAAGGUAGCUGGAAAGUGGUGCCAGACUUUGUAGAUCAGGAACGCUUGUGCAAGCCAAGGUUGCCGAAAACCCGAGAAGAAUACAAAAGAUGUAGUGGCGGAAAAGGAAAGGUUGGGUCGAAGGUGACAAUGGAGCAGAUCUUUCAGCCUUCUCCUCUUCUUAAUCUGCCACCGGUGUCUUGGAUCAUCCGUGGGAUUACCAUCAAAACCACUAAGACUCUACUUGAAGAUAUUAGAAAAGCGGGUACCACUUUACGAACAGCUUGAAAAAAUCCCAAAUGGAAACGGCUAUACUGUGGUAAACACUUUGAUAAUAAA